UAUACAGUGUUCUGUCUGCAUGUAUGCCUACAGGCCAGAAGAGGGCACCAGAUCUCAUUAUGGAUGGUUGUGAGCCAUCAUGUGGUUGCUGGGAAUUGAACUCAGGACCUCUGGAAGAGCAGCCAGUGCCCUUAACUACUAAGCCAUCUCUCCAGCCCACUUAUGCAGUCUUGUAGGGCUGGUACACAGGAAAGAAAUGGGCUUUUGUGUGGUGACUCUGUCCUGCAACCUGGCUGUGAUCAAAUACCAGGAGGUAUUUUUGUUGUGGUCCAUUCAUUGGAAUUUUUCAUGUAGACAGUCGAAUAAUUGGAACAGAGACUUGUUUCCUUUGUUCAUCUACCUCCAUGGUCUUUCCCUUUCUGUAGUCUUUGUCUCCCGUUAACUGGGACUUCUCUCUGAUGCUGGCCGAGUGGUGAAAUGGGCACCCCAGCCUUGUACUUCCUGAUUGCAAGUGGAAACAAUCUACUUUCUCACCAUUAAGGACGAAGUCAACUUUAGUUUUUUGUAAAUGUUCUUUCUUAAUUUGGGUAUUUUCAGUCUACUAGAAUUUUUCUAAUAUACAACUAUCCCUUUUAAAAUCAGUCUACAGGACUAUUUUCCAAAAACAACAGUGGAAACAUUUCCAGAACCAUCUCUUUUCACACUGCUGCUCUUUACAUGCUCUCCUUACCCCCAUUCUCUGCAUGCUGGCCCCUCUUUUCUCUGUCCCCAACCACCCAGUCUCUACCACUUGAGUCUUCCCAGGCCUUUUUUUCAGUUUGCAAAAGUGGCCAGACCACUAAAGGUUCAAAAUGGGAUCUAAUCAACCAGUUGUUUUGUUUUGUUUAGGGCACAAUUUCCUUUAUGAAGCAGACUUAAAGCAGUCAGCUUGCUCAGGCUGGUUCUCCAUUGCCUGUCUCUUUGGAUUCAUUACCACUAUGCGUCAUGCCACAGGUUCAGAUCUUGCCGGGAAAAUGUCAGAUGAAUUUUUGUUGGCGUAUGUGCUGCCUGAACAGUCCCCUGCCAGAAACUCUGCUGUGAGCAAUGCAAAAGCUGGCCAAGCUCCUCAAGGCUGGCCGGGCUCCGGCCCUCGGAGUAUCAUAAGUGCUCCACCUGCUGUGCUGUCUGGACUCCCACCAAGUAUAGCACCCUCCGCUGUAUCUUUUGGACCAGCACCAACAGGAAUGUAUCCGUCCAUCCCUCCAACUGGACCACCACCAGAAUCUCCAGCAUCCCUUCUUCUUUCUGGACCUUCAUGUCUCCAACCUAGUGGCCCUUAUUCAGCCCCUGCUGUACGAGGCCCUGGUCCCACAGGGCCUUAUGCUACACCAAAUAUACCCUUUCCAGAGCUACCCAAGCCGUAUGGUGCACCCGCGGAUCCAGCUGCAGCUGGUACUUUAGGUACACGGGGAUCCAUGUCUUCUGGACUUUGGGCAUCAGGAAUAGGAGGGCAGCAUCCUAAUAUGCCAUAUUCAUCUCCAGGACCACAUCCCACUGCCCUUCCUCCAGUGUCGGGAGCACCGCCUGUUCCAUGGGGCACUGUGCCACCGGGAGCCUGGGGACCACCAGCAUCAUAUCCUGCCCCUGCAGGAUCAUAUCCCAUGCCAGGAUCCCAUUCUGCUCCGAAUAAUCCUUACCAAAUGAUGGAGCCCUCAGGACCUUCUGGUGCUCCAUCAGUGCCUGGUGGCCCACAGAAAACGAACGAAGUCCCAGGUGGCUCCCGUCCUGAUGCAUCCAACCAAGAGAGCACCCCGGAGAGCACCCCGGAGACCACCGGACAAAUGAAGCAGCUGAAGGUAGAUGACAAACCCAUCAAGAGGAGACGUUCUAAGAGGAAGAGGAAGCCAGUAACUUGGGGAGACAUCAAGACUUUAACUCAUGAAGCUGAGACCUUGGGGAAACAACAAGGACACAAUACUACUGACCCCAAAAUGAUGCUGUUAUGUUUAAUGACUAUAUUACAUGUUAAUUCUCAGCGUGUCAGUUCAGAAUCUGAAUGACUUUUGUCGGUGGGGAUAAAAGGCACACUUGUAAUAAACAGUAUGAUGUUGUUUUGACAAAAA